UUUCUGGUUCCUGUUUCCGGUUGAAUGUAAACGUAUUAAAAAAAAUGUUGAAAAUCGUUUUUAGAUAACCAUUUACUAUGGUGGGUGUCAAACUAGGAAGUGACAGCGAGACAUCAACCUUAGCUGAUGUGAAAUUAAUGUGUUAAGAGGACCAAGGCUCAUGAAAAGUAAUGCAGGCACCAGGAAACAAACCUCGCAGGUGAAACAAGUGACGUACGUUGGUCAAGACGCACGUGAAAUACUUUCGCUGCAAGAAUUGCAUGUAAUACAGAAAUAGACAAUACUACUAUUACUAUACACCUUCGCUGUGGGCGAUGAACCGUAUAGGAUGAUAACACUACUACAUGUACCUGGACUUCAUCCUGUGAAUAAAUGGUGUCUGCAAACUGUUGGAACUAUAUCACAGAGCAUUUUCAGUAUGCAGCAUUUAAAGAAGUAUAUUACUGGGAAAAAACAAAACCACAAAAAGACAAAAACCAUUGAAAACAAUCAACAAAAUAUAACAGUUGAUGUUUAUUGGUGAAAAGUUAAAGUGGUGUGCAAAACACUAAAAAGAUAAAUAAAAACCAUAAGAAAACCAAAAGUUAACAAAUAAUGAUGGUUAUUGAGCUAAAGUGGUGUGCAAAACACUAAAAGGACUAAACAAAACAAAAGAUAAUAAAACAAACGAUAAUAAAUAAUGUAUUUAUUGAUGAAAAGUUAAAAUGGUGUUCUAAACAUUGAGUAUCUGAACAAAAAGUCAGUCCUUUUAUUGGUGUACGAUUUUUCACAUGAGUAGGUCUUGGAGCCCUCUUCUUUUUUUUAAAUUGAUCUAGCCAUUGAUAAUACCUGUACAUAAUGCAGGUCGGUGUUGAUGAGAAGCCUUUCCACUGUGGAGUGUGUUUAAAACGCUUCUCAAAUAAAACCGUCAUUAAAUACCAUAUGCUGAUUCACACUGCCGUAAAACGUUUCAAAUGUGAAGUGUGCACAAAACGAUUCGCACACUUUUCCAGCUGGAAACAGCAUAUUCUGGUUCACACUGGAGACAAGCCGUUCAGGUGUGAACUGUGCACAAAAUGUUUUGCACAUCGCACCAGUCUGAGGAAUCACAUGUUCACCCAUACCGGCGACAAGCCUUACAAAUGCGAACAGUGCACAAAAUGCUUUUUGAGCCAGGCUCAGCUGAACACGCAUUUCCUGGUGCAUGCUGGACAGAAACCCUUCCAGUGUGGAAUGUGUUUGAAGUUUUUCUCGUGUAAAUCCGCCAUCAAAAGCCAUAUGCCGAUUCACGCUGUUGGAAAACGUUUCGCAUGCGACGUGUGCACAAAGUGUUUUGCGCGGCGAAGCAGUCUGACUGAGCACAUGUGGAUUCAUUCUGGUGACAAACCUUUCAAAUGUGAAGUGUGCACAAAAUCCUUCACGCAGCAUGGCAACUUGAAACAGCACAUGCUGGUGCACAGCGGCGACAAACCUUUCAAAUGUGGACAGUGCACAAAAUCGUUUUCAAACCCGUACAGUUUUAAAAAGCACAUGUCCAAGCACACUUGUGGCAAGACGUUCCGAUGUGGACAGUGCACAGCAAGUUUCACGAAGAGCACGGAGUUGAAGCAGCACAUGGUGGUGCACCCUGGACAGAAGCCGUUUCGUUGCCAGGCGUGCCACAAGGAGUUCACCGAGAGCCGCAACCUGAAGCAGCACCUGACCAUUCACACCGGGGAACGACCCUUCAAAUGUGCAGUGUGCACGAGAAGUUUUCGUCGAGUCCAAGAAAUGAAGUCUCAUGUGCUCAUUCAUACUCGAGAGAAGUCUGUCCAGUGUGAGGUGUGCCAGAGAUGGUUUAUGAACAAGGGCGCUUUGGUACAGCACAUGCGCACUCAUGCUGCUCAUAAGACCGAGGUCAAACAAGAAUCGAACACGUCCCUGGUAACAGGACAAAUUCCGAUGGCCUAUCUACGAUUCCCACAUAUUAUUUUGUUUUCUCCAUCUUUUGAAAAUUAACCACCACCACCAUCACCAAUGAACACCUACCUCACCUGCACCUCCAAUUACUGUGGUUUGUGUAAUACGCAUAUGAACACAGACAGGGGCUAAUUUUUAAAACGUUCGCCCUAUGCGCGGUCGGUCUAGGAUCGAUGUCCGUCUCUGGGCCCAAAGGGCUAUUUCUCUACCACGACUGGUAUAUCAAAGUCCACAGUAUGUGUUAUCCUGUCUGUGGAAUGACACAUCUAAACGAUCCCUUGUUACUAAAAAAAAAAAAAAAAAAAAACCCAACAUACUAACAAAACAAAAAGGUAGCGGAUGUCCUCUCUAAGAUUAUAUGUCACAAUUACCAAAUGUUUGACAUCCAAUAGCCGAUUGUUGAUAAAUUAAUGUGUUCUAGUGGUGUUAAACAAAACACUUUUAUUGUGUAUUAAUGCCACUGGCGAGAUAACACACGUUUAUUAAAGCUCUUGUUUAAUUUGUUAAAACUUAUAAUACGGUGAGGAUAGAUUGUGAGUUUAUAAAAAGUGUUGUUGUGUUUGUAUUUUGCAUUAGUAAAUGUCGUUACUAUGGUGAGGUGAGACUAGGUAUGUUAUUCAAACUGUUAGUGUUUUGUGUUAUAAUACGGUAAGGAGAAAUUGUGAGUUUAUUAAAAUUGUACUUGGUUUGUAUUUUGCAGUGAUAAAUGAUGUAAUAAUAUGGUGAGGCUCGAUGUAACUUUAAUACGUUUUGUCUUAAACCCUUACACGAAUUUACCCUCACAUAGGCUCACAUAGACUGCAUGCUGUUCGGCUUUAAAAAAAAAGAAGAGAGAAAACGUCUAGACUGAAUGCGUACGAUGCGUGCGUCUGCAGAACCAGCAGCAGUAUAUGGUGCGUGCGUCUGCAGAACCAGCAGCAGUAUAUGGUGUGUACGUCUGCAGAACCAGCAGCAGUAUGUGGUGUGUACGUCUGCAGAACCAGCAGCAGUAUAUGGUGUGUACGUUCAAAAUGCAGGGCUCAGACGCAACAGUCGGACCGCACGCACGCACGCGCCGCAUCCAGUCUGUGUGAGCCUUUACGACUGGCGAUGUGUGCGUAUAUUUGUGUGUAUGGGAGGGGGGGGGGGGGGGAGAGAGAGGGUCACUUAUCAUUUGACAAUAGUGUACCAAUGUUUUACUAUCGAUGAAUUGUUAUGGGGCAACAGGUAAAUAUAAAAGGUGGAUAUUCUGUUUUGCAUCCAACUGAUUUACGUAAAUUAAUAAUUCUGUUUCCUCUUAUGAUAAUGUCAUUACAACAGUUUAUACCACUCAGACUGUAUCAGGAAGACGAUAAUGUGCGGGCUUUUUGGGGAGGGGGGGGGGGGGUAUUUAUUUUUAAUUUUUUUUGGUGUGUCAUUGUGGCUUGUAAUACCUCCCCCACCCAGACUGCGGCCCUACUAGAGGUUAUCACACACACACAAACACACACACACACCAGAUAUCGCGUCUACUGGCCUGUAUUAUAGAUUGUUGUCUUUAUUUUGAAGACGUCGCUGUUUUGUUUGUAUUUAAAUGUUCUACCAUCAUUAAACCACUUAAUACCA